CGCGUGCUCGUGGACAACGUUCGGCGGCCGCUCGGGGACCUCCUCGAGGAGGUGCUGAAGGAGCACCAGCUAGAGAUGCAAAUGGAGGCUCAGGCACAGAGGAGUCGCCGGCUGCUGCAGUCCCACUUCCAGCGGAAGGAACGCAACGAAAAUUUGCAGCUGCUGCGAGCCGGCCUCCAGGCUUUCGAGGCAAGGGCCCGCAGCAGGGCGCUGCCUCCCGUUCCCGCGCUGCAGCUGACAUGGCCGGAAAGAAGCCCCACUCCCUCCCAUGUUCAAGCGAUGUGGCAAGCCAUGUGGGGCCGGACGUACGUUCUUCUGGCCGUGGUGGUGAGAGCUGCGCAAGGUACUGACCUCGGGCCCAAUUGGGCCGGCGUGAACUCCUUCUUCGCACAUGCGCUGCCAAGUUCAGGUCCUUACAGCCGCACAGCCUACCUUGACAAAAUCAGGGACGCCGGGCUUCGUGUUCUUCGCAUCUUUAUCAGCCAGACGGAGGCGGACUACAAAAACAGUGGCUCACAGGCCGUGGAUGACAUCGAGACGAAGAAGGUGGGGACGUACGACGACCGCAUCCUCUCCAUGGUGGACGACUUGAUGCUCGAGGCCUACGAGCGUGGUAUCAAGCUGGACAUCGCCCUGCACGAUCGCUACUCGCUGGGCUGUUGGCGGACGGAUGCCUAUGUCACAACAUAUGACCUGCCGAGUGGCUGCUGCAACUGCACCGUGAGCAAGAACCAAGUGGAUCGAUUCUACUCGGAGCCUCAAAUUCAGGUGGCCUUCGACAAACGCUUGCGGCACAUCUUGCAGCACAGGAACCCGCACUUCAAUGCCCCCUGGGGUCAGCUGCAUGAGGUUGUCGCGUCUUUCGCCCCUGAGAACGAAGCUCAAGGCCACGACUGGCUCGUGGACAAAGGUUGGUGGUGCCGCCGAGCGCAGGUCAUGAAGGAGCACAUGCAUCCAGACAUACCGAUCUCCACAGGGGGCUCAAUCGGGCUUCUGGAUGCUUUGUAUCAGCAGCUCUACAUGUGUCCGGAGAUCGAUGUCGUCGACAUCCAUACCUACACCGACGAUGAUCUGUGGCUUAGAGACGUGGCACAAGUCUCCGUCACUUGGGCUUUGACGCAAAACAAGCGGGUGCGGCUUCAGGAGUUCGGUUCGCAGGGGAACGAUGAAAGCAAGGCCAAGACCAUAUUCCCUCUCAUCUAUGCCGCGAGCGAGAUCGGUAUUCCUUUCAUGCCCUGGCAGCUAGUGCAUCCAGAGAGCACCACGGACUACGAAUUCUGGACAGACGGGGAGUUGUGGCGUGGGCUUUCGGCGCAGAGCCAAAUGGCGCAGGACAACGUCACGGUGUUUUUGUGGCCAGAGCUGAACCUCUCAAACAGCAGCAUGCAGCUCAAGGCUGACUGGCGGCUCUGCGUGGUGAACUCAGAGUGCACUUCCGGCUGCUGCAGCAACGAGUUCAGCAGCGACAGGAAAUACAAGUGUACGCCUGGAGGCAGCCAGUGCACCGGCCACCUUCUUGCAGACUGGGUCUGGUGCACUCAGAGCAGCGAGUGCGCCUGCAGUUGCUGCAGCUCGGAGUACAGCGAUGACUUCCGGUACAAGUGCACACCAGGUGGUACACCAAGGCUCUGUGGCGAGGCACUUGCGCGGAAUGGACAGCCGUGCUUCGAAAACGGCAACUGCCGCAGUGGCUGCUGCUCCAGUGGAAGCUGUGUGGCUCACGCUCCCCCGUUUCAAUGCGACAGACUCCGCGCACGGCCCAACUGGAGGCGCCGCCUCCGCCGCCACCUGCGCCGCCGGCUCCGUCGGGGCCACCGCCCUCGCCUUCGGCAUCCUCAGCCUGAUGCCUAUCAGCUGCAACUGGAAGAUCCGAUGCUACUACUCCAGUUGGGCAGGCAGCCUAGCUUCGUAGAUGAUUCAUCCGCGUGGCCAGGGCAAGGGAAGUCCAUGCCAGCCGCGUGGCGAAGUGCAAGCAACGAAUGUUGA